AUGGCUCAUGGCGAGCCUCGCGAAGUGGACACUGUCAUUGUUGGAAACGGGCCCUCGGCACUGAUUCUGUCCUACAUUCUACACGGGAACAUUCCUUACUACGACGUGUCGAGUCCGCAUCCGGAUCAUAUUUUGCACGACAAACUGGUGCAAUGCACCCACCACGGACGGACGGAUUGGGGCGACCACAAUGACAGUCACAACCACGACCACGACCGCGACCACGACCUACUCAACCUCGACAUCGACAGCCUAACCGAGCACUUUACGGCUUCUCGAUUCUCCUACUCGACCCAAGCCCUGCCGGUCAAUGUCCUCUUCGACACGCUGAUCCGACCACUAGGCGAGACGGACGAUGCGCAGAAGAAGACGUGCGUGAAAUGGCGCCCCGAUUCGUCUCGUGCGGUGUCGCAUCUGGUCAUUGGGAACACACCGCAGGCCGGCGGGCAGUGGGUGGAUAAUCCGGUCCAUGCGAGCUGGGACAUCGGGACAUUGAGUUAUGCGGGCAUGAUAUCGUUGCCUGGAUAUACGUUUGACGAACACUAUCAGCGGCGCAACGGGAAGCCUACGCCCGUGUAUCUGAGACCGUCGAGGCGCGCCGUGGCCGAUUACCUCGCUGCAUAUCCAGACGCGGCUGGGAUUGGCGAUGCUGUUGUCAAUGGCGAACAAGUGGCUGGAAUCUGGCGACAAGAAUCAGGAGGGUUUUACAUUGCGUCGCAUAAUAUCGCAUGUAGGAACUUGAUUUUGGCAUCAGGUAUAUUCAGCCACUUGAUCCCGCCGCCGCCGCUACUGGAGCCGCUGUUACAUCUUCGCGGAAAUAUCUGUGGCACCGAAUUGGACUCUGCAGCUGUCCAGGCUUCAUCGGAUUAUUUGCUAGUUGUCGGGUCGGGCUUCAGUGCCGCGGACGUGAUCAUAUCGUGUCCCUCCACGCAAAAGAUCCUUCAUGUCUAUAAAUGGGCUCCCUCGACAUCGCCUUCGCCGCUCCGAGCGUGUCAUCAGCAAGCGUACCCGGAAUACGCGGGGAUUUAUCGACGGAUGAAACUGGCCGCCAUUGCCGCUUUGCAGGGAGAGCACAAACGGCCGAGAGCGCGACAUACGCAUUCCGACUUUGACUCUAGUCGAGACUGGGCUGCGACGUAUGAGGGACUACCGAAUGCCGAGAUUGUGGAUGUACAAAUUCUACAGAAAGAGAACAACGGUGCCGAAGGCGAUCAUGGUAGUGUCAAUUACCGGCCAGCAGCAGCAGCAGCAUCUUCUGCCACCGCCAUGGUGACGUUUCGAAUAGGAUCCGCGCCUCCUUUCCAGCGCCGCGUCAGCGAUCUCGCUUAUGUCGUUGGCCGCCGCGGCUCGCUGGACUAUCUUGCACCGGAACUGUUGAAGGAAGUUCUCGAGUCACCUCCACCGGCUACAGACGCAUGGGCGGACAACGACGAUCCCAACGGUAGCGGCAGCAUCGGCAACAUUAAUGGUGAGCACAACAUAAAGGGCAACAACAGUCACAUCGUCAGCACAACCAACAACACCAGUACUACCACCACUACCAGCAGCAAUCCUACCCAGACCAUGAUCUCCGGCCAAACCCUGCGCGAAAAAGCCAACCAAGAUCUCCAGGUCGCUCCUCACGUGUUCAUCAUCGGCAGUCUGACCGGCGACUCCUUGAUCCGCUUCGCCUACGGUGGAUGUGCAUAUGCCGCGGGAAGGAUUAUUCCCCGAAAUGAUGAUGGACGCAAUCAUGGCCACGACACCCCGCAAGAUUCAGAGAACGGCCCGUCGCAUGGCCAGUUCAACGGUCUUGAGAAGGGCGAUACGAAGGCAAAUGGGCAGGCCGCCUCCUCGAACCUCGUCACGCGUGACUACGGCUCAAACAGCGACAAUUGGAGCGGCCGGGCUCCAUGGGUCCGGGGUCGGCACCAGACACCUUCGCCAUCCGGGUCCCCGAGCAGGAUCCCGGCCAUGAAUGGUCUAGAUGGACAUGAGCGGGUCCCGACGCCCAAGACGGGUCGGAGUCGUGCUGCGAGUCAUGCUAGAGGUUGA